UGUUGUUGCACCUGUACCAGUCUCUGGUUCUUCCCUCCACACAGGAAGCAGCCUCACACAGAGGUAGACCGACUCCAGACUACUUUUGUAACAGAUCUUACAGGAUGAACAAUGACUACACAGAGAUUAGUCCCUCUGAUCCCUCUGUCGACGCCUACACCACUCCCCUGAUCGCCGUGAAGUCCGAGAUAGGCUACCAGCACAAGAAGCGUCGCUACGUCCGCAAAGAUGGCAAUUGCAAUGUCCUGUUCCGCCAUGUUCCUGAGGAGUGGCUCAUGUACGUCACCGACAUCUUUACUACGCUGGUGGAGAUAAGGUGGAGAGUUAUGUUCCUCAUCUUCACCCUCUCCUACACCCUCUCCUGGCUCUUCUUCGGCAUCCUCUACUGGGUGAUCGCCCUGGCUAACGGCGACAUGAGGGACCCUACUAACGCCCCUUGUAUGUACGAGGUGAGGGACUUCACCGCGGCUUUCCUAUUCUCACUGGAGACCCAGACCACAAUCGGUUAUGGUUUUAGAGGGAUGUCAGAGAACUGCAUGGUGGCAAUCAUCGUCGUAACCGUGCAAGAUGUCAUCAGCUGUUUUAUUGAUACAUUUGUCAUCGGUAUCGCUGUGGCAGAGAUGGCAUCGACACGGAAACUGACGCAGACGGUAGGCUUCAGCAACUGCGCUGUCAUCAACUUGCGAAAUGGGCGUUUGUGCCUGUCAUGGAGGAUCGGGGACUUCCGCCAGCACCACAUGGUGGAGGGGACGGCUCGUGCUCAAAUCUUCCGCCCCACCAUGCACGCCACUGGGAGGGUGGACAUCAACUACAAGGACCUGGAAAUCAAACAGAGUGAUAUUCUUUUAGCCAUACCAACCACCAUCUUCCACAUUAUUGAGCCCGGUACUCCACUCUACCGCAUGAGCCUGGAGGAUCUUCGGAAAGACGACUUUGAGCUGGUGGUGUCCUUCACCUACACGGACGACUCAACGGGCAUCCUGCACCAGACUCGCACCUCCUACACACCCGACGAGAUUCACUGGGGACAUCUGUUCCAAGAUAUGCUGAAUGUAAACCUGAAAUACUACAAGGUAGACUACUCCAUGUUCCACCACACUGCUAAGGUCCUGGUUCCGGAGGUCAGCGCAGAAGAGUACGAUCAAAUUAAGCUUCGGCGUUCCCCGCGCCACUCCCCGCGCCACUCCCCGCGCCACUCCCCGCGCCACUCCCCGCUCCACUCCCCGCUCCACUCCCCACACCCCAAUCGCCCAAGCAUUAAUUGCAAACCCCCGAUUGUGACUGUGGAACUGGUAAACGGCACCACAGAACCUGAGGUACAUGCAGCCACGGUUGCUACUAUCGCAGCAGUUUGCGAGGACCAAGGACAUUUGUGUCUUCCAAGGAACUCCAUUCUGACGUAGAUGUUCUGCUGACAUGGCAAUACCAACACAAUUUCAUUGUAACUGGCCAAUGGUCAUUCAGAAACAUGGCCAUUGCAGUCUGCCUUUACUAUUGUCCAGGCUCUGUACGCUGAAGUUGCUUUCAAAUGCUGAAAAGACAAAGUUGAUUGUUUUCACGAUAUCUAAGAUGAAACCUCAGACUCUUCCACGUACAGUCAAUGUGCAGGACAAACAAAUAGAAAGACUAGCAACUAAGACAUACUUUGGUUUCUCGAUAGAUGAAUGUCUCACCUUUAAACCCCACAUUGUACGUAUUGUACUUUGGUUUCUCGAUAGAUGAAUGUCUCACCUUUAAACCCCACAUUGUACGUAUUGUACUUUGGUUUCUCGAUAGAUGAAUGUCUCACCUUUAAACCCCACAUUGUACGUAUUGUACUUGGGUUUCUUGAUAGAUGAAUGUCUCACCUUUAAACAUCAUAGGUCUUGUGAAAAAGCUUAAGCUCAAGUUUUUAUUUUGGUAUUAAGUCAUGUUUUUCAUUAGAAGCAAGAAAGAGGCUUGUUUCCACUACUUUCUUACCUGUAAUUGAUUCUGGUGAUAUCCUGUACAUGUAUGCCCCUGUGAUGUCAUUACGUAUGCUGGACUGUGUACCCUGUGAUGUCAUUACGUAUGCUGGACUGUGUACCCUGUGAUGUCAUUACGUAUGCUGGACUGUGUACCCUGUGAUGUCAUUACGUAUGCUGGACUGUGUACCCUGUGAUGUCAUUACGUAUGCUGGACUGUGUACCCUGUGAUGUCAUUACGUAUGCUGGACUGUGUACCCUGUGAUGUCAUUACGUAUGCUGGACUGUGUACCACGGAGCACUGCAGUUUGUUACUAACUCCAAAGCCCUCACUCAUCACUGUACCCUCUACAUGAGAGUGGACUGGUCUUCCUUAGCUCUUCGCAUAUGAAGUCAUUGGUACGUUUCUAUUUAUAAGGCCAUAUUGAGACAGCUCCCAUUUUACUUGUGUAACUACAUUGUCCAGCAGACAAAUGAAAACGAUUGCCCUGCGCUCACAUGACUGUGUUUUGUUGAUUGUGCCAAAAGCCCGUACAGAGCUAGGUGAAAACGCUUUCCGGUUCUCUGCUCCUUCCGCUUGGAACAAGCUUCAAAAGGCCCUGAAAUUACAGGAGCUCGUCCCUUUAAAUGAGUUUAAAGCUUGGUUAAAUUCUAUAAUGGAAAAUGAAUUUAAAGCUACGUUAAACUCUAUGAUAUAAAAUGAAGUAGGGGGCUGUCAAUGUUUUGACUGCUAGUUUUACCACACAUUCCCAAACCAUCUUGCUGUUCAAUGUGUAAAUAGAUUUUUUUUUAACUGUAGUGCUUUGUGUUUUAUGUUUUAAAUGUUUCUGCAACUUUG